AUGUCUUUGACCUAUUACGUGCCCACGACGCCUGAUCCAAGGGCGUCAGGCCUCCCCAACACGGCCAAACGCGUCUUGGACCUACUAUUCUUUUUCAACCCCGAAUGCAUCCCAAAAUCACUGCUUACUCCACCCGAGAAUGUGGUGGAGAAUCAGUGGUAUAAUUUCCUCAGAGACGAAGAAGAGCUCGACAGGGCCAUCGCCGCGCUUGUCGAACGGUCCAUUGUUCGCGUAGACGAUAGUGGCAACCUCGUACUAUCUGUCCUCGAACCCUUCACAGGAAUUGAGGACGACCAGGUCAGCCCUGCAUUUAGUCAUGCCAUUCGAAUCUUCGACAAAUUUCUACCCGACGAUUUCCAGCCAGGCCACGAUUCGUUCAAGGCAAGCCAGGUUGUGCUCCCGCACAUCAUUCGAACUAUUGAAGUGAUGCAACAUAUUGAGGUUCGGGUGAGAAGGAAAGUAGAAUGGAUGGAACUUGUUUUGCGAGCAGGCCGGUAUGCUCAAGAGAACCAACAGCCAGGCCUUGCUAAGUAUUUCAUCGAUUACAUUUCGAUGGAAAUCUCAGUCCCUGUGUUUGGAGCGAGAAUGACUCCCGACUUCCUCUCAAGGAUGUAUACUCUGCAGGGCCACGCCCAGAUUGAACUUUGCCACCCACGUGCUGCCCUGGCUACGCUCAAGCGCGUUCUUCAGAUCGAGGAGGAUCGAUAUGGUCCCAAGUCAAUGGGUGUGGCAAAAGCAUGUGACUCCAUUGCCUACGCUUACACUGAGAUUGGAAACACCAAUGAAGCAUCGGUGUUUAUACGCAGAGCGGAUGCCAUCUAUGCGGAUAAGGCCCGAUACUUCGGCACAGAGGGUGCUCAGCAGUCUAACAUGACCCCUCGAGCUCAAGCUAUCCACUCACUUGUACAUCUCAGAGCAGGACGAAUUGAUGAAGCUAUCAGCACUCUCCGGAAGUUCUGGAGUGAGCGGCAUAUGACAAUUGAUUGCGUUGACCCAUCGCCAGAUACAAACUACGGCGGGGAUAUGAUCCUUUUCGCUCGUAUUUGCUGGGCACAAGGCAAGGCUGUAGAAGCCCAGGAGCUGGCCUCGUAUUCCAUCACCAUGAGACGCGCUUUUUACGGACCGCAUGGGGGUGCCAGGGUGGCUGACUCGCUCUUCCUGGUUGCUCACAUACAGUACUAUCGCGGGUUGACUGAGAUAUCGUCGAUUGUUUUGAGACGAAUCAUCGAUAUGGGCGAGACAAACAACCGUGAGUUGGAUCCCCAUAUCGCUAGAGCCUACUGGUUUCUUGCUCGAAACUUGGAGAGCCUUGGCGCGGAUGCUGCCACAGUGUUGGACCUCAGAGCCAGGGCACUCACCAUUCGGCACACGAUUAGAAAUCACGAGUGGCCGACUGAGAACACAGAUGAGGCCUUCAUGAAAUUGGUCACUUAUAUGCUUUGGUAA